AUAUUUAUUCUGCAUUUCAUUUAUUUACUUAUUUUCAUUUCUCUUUCAGCGGCCGAACCAUACGUUUGCUGGAGAAGUAGAAAACACCCGCUUUCAUGGAGACGCUUCUUCCCAUUCUGCGGCGGAGAAAGGCCGCUUUGACAGUUCAACUUGGAAGGCAGUGGAUUCGAGGAUUGUUGGGAUUACAAAGUCAAUGAUUUCAUCUCCUGUCUGGCUGGUCUUGAAGAUUCUUCAAAACAAAGGGUUUGAAGCCUAUCUUGUGGGUGGUUGUGUGAGGGACCUACUUCUCAAGCGAAUACCUAAAGAUUUUGAUGUGGUCACCACUGCAAAGCUUGAACAGAUCCAGAAAGAAUUUCGUCGUAGUCAGAUUGUGGGGAGACGGUUUCCUAUAUGUAGGGUGUACAUUCAAGAUUCUGCAGUUGAGGUCUCUAGCUUUGAAACCACUGGUAAGAAUGUUAAAGAAAAUGAAACAGAUGAUUUUUCUCAAAUGAGAGCUAGUUGUGAUAAGAAAGAUUUUCUUCGCUGGAAAAAUUGCAUGAAGCGGGAUUUUACAAUUAAUGGUUUAUUCUAUGAUCCUUUCGUAAAUACAAUCUAUGACUAUGCUGGUGGGAUUAGGGAUUUAAAGAUGUGCAAGGUGCAAACUAUAAUUCCUGCUCAAGUGGCAUUCAAAGAGGACUGUGCGAGAAUUUUGCGAGGUCUAAGAAUUGCAGCUCGCCUUGGUUUGCAAUUUUCUAAGGAGACUGCAAUUGCAAUACGGGAUCUUUCUACAUCCAUUAUGAAUUUGGACAAGGGAAGGCUGAUGAUGGAAUUGAACCUUAUGCUGGCAUAUGGAGCUGCUGAGUCCUCCUUCCGUUUGCUUCAUAGAUUCAAGCUUCUGGAAAUCGUGCUUCCAAUUCAUGGGGCGUAUCUAGCUACACAGGACCGAUCUGCUCAAAGUUCCAUCAUGCUAAUGAAAUUGUUUUCCAGUAUGGAUAAAUUACUUGCUUGUGACCGACCCACUGAUUGCAGUUUGUGGGUUGGGCUCUUGGCCUUUCACUUGGCAUUGUUAAAGCACCCUCAAGACGCUCUUGUAGUUUGGACUUUAUCUUCCAUUUUAUAUUAUGGUAAUUGGAUUAAAGCAGUGGAAGUUGCAAGAGAAAAUGCUCAAAUGAGAGUUCAGUUCAUUCCUGAAAUUUCAGAGACUUUUGGGAGUAAAUCAAAUGAAUCGCUUCUGGAGGAAGUCUCUGAUUUAGCAUCACUAGUGAAAUCUUCUAUAGGCGCUUUGACCAGCACAAAUACGCUUAUUGAAACAAUGGCUAGAUACCCACUUUUUCCAUGUUCUGGUUUGGUUUGGACAGGUGAGGGUCAGCUUUGUAGGGAUUCUUCUUCUUCUUUGCCCAAUAGGCAUCCCCUCAAAAUGAGCAUGGGUACUUGUAUCUGAGAGAAUGGGAAAGAUUGCAUCUAUACUCUUUGAUGUCCUAGAGACCGAUAUCAAAUCAUAUGCCUGUGAAAGAGAAUGCUUCGACAUCAACUACAAGCGGCUUGGGAAAGGAGAUCAAAGGGAAACUAGAUUUGUGCUUGGCAAAAUCAUCAUGGACACAAUGGGCUGUGGGAUUGUGCAGGAACUAACAACGGAACCGGUCAAGGCAAAACGGAGCCAUAAGCUUUCUAACCUG